AUGCCACCUCUAAAUGACCUCACAAUUGAGUGGAAUGGCACCGUGACGUUAGAAGUGAGUACCUCAAUUUUCCACCUGUUACAUGCUUUAGCUGACAAGGUUUGCCAGUCUGCGAUUAGAUACGGCGAGCGGCAAUCGUACCGUUGUCUUGCAAGAAAUCCACUGGACGCUACGGACUCAUCUUGCUUUGAAAUCUCGAUUGCAAACAGUGUAGCUCCUCCAACUGGCGCAACCAUCGCUUUCGUUGGCAACGCUUUAUGUCCUGCAAGGAAUGGUUUGACAUUUGUAACCGCUGAGCAGGUCUGCCAUCUGACACCAAGUCUUGCUACCCUAGCCCACGAGUCGAUGAAUGUUAUUGGUGUGGUGGGAAGAGGCGAGGUUUUGAGGCGCGAGUCGGUAAGACCAGACUUAGGUACGGACGGCUGGUGGUGUCUAUGGGUCCGUCACAACGUGUGGCUUCCAAGCCCUGUAACUGACGAGUCACAACAGUCAGGCCAGAUUCUCCAAUUUGGGGUAUUAUACACUGAUAGAGAAGGCAUAAUCUCAGGACUCGCUACGGAAGUAUGCCGCGUCGGCACAGUUAUCUCAUUGGUCGGUACUGUGCUGAAGUACGCCCAGCAGGAAAGGGUUUGGAUUGUCAUAGUUAGUAUCCAAUUAGAUACCUUUGUGUGA